CUAGCUGGGGAGAAAGCUGGUGUACAGGCUUGCAGCGGAGCCCAUCGCAGUUGACUGUUUGAGCAGCCCACCCCUCUCUGCAGUAUGCAUGUUCGCCAGGGAAUCGCUCACGUCCCAGCAGUGUACUUCACCGGCGAGAGACCAUCUACUCAAGAGUCGAGGAUAAUAAAAUUGGAUGUGGCAGGCGGACCAGAGGCGGAAAGCCCGGAGUGACUGGAGGAAUACAGUAUUACUACAGGAAUACAGGGUGUCGCUCUCCUCUGAACGUGGACAAUCAUGCAUGUGCUCUUCUGGGGCUUGGGGUUCCUACUAUUCCCUGAUUUCUUGAAUGUUGUUGCAUCUACGGGGAGAUUGCUUUUGAAUUCAAGCACAGUAAAAGAGGAGAUCGGCGCUUAUGAGAUUGUAACACCGGUGCGAGUGAAUGAAGCCGGUGACAAGUUUCCAACCAGUGUGCACUUCAAGAGGAAAAGACGAAGUUUGGACGAGAGCACCGGCAAUACUACGGAUCACUGGGCCUCGCCAAAUAUCCACUACAGGAUAUCUGCUUUCGGACAGAAUUAUCACCUCAACCUCACGCUGGAUUCGGGAUUUAUCGCACCUCUCUACACUGUGACAGUACUUGGAGUACCCCGAGGAGAUAACAUAACGGAUUUUGCAACAGAUGAGGGGUUAGAGGAGGAGGAGGAGGAGGAGGACACGGAGUUAAGGCACUGCUUCUAUAAGGGACAUGUAAAUGCACAAGCAGAACAUGCCGCGGUCAUCAGUUUGUGCUCCGGACUGCUUGGCACUUUCAGGUCUCCAGAAGGGGAGUAUUUUGUGGAGCCCCUACACAGCUAUCAAGGAGAACACUAUGAAGAGGAACACACAAAACCUCAUAUUGUAUACAGGAAGACUGUACCCAAGAAACAACAGACAUCUGGGGAGAACUCAGCUUGUGACACUUCAGGACACAAACACAAACAUAAGAGACACAAGCAUAAGAGAAGGUCAGUGGCUGGGGUGACCACUGUGUCCAAUGCAGCCCCUGUGGUCAGUGCUGGUAUGUUCAAUGAUGUGGAGUCACUGAGUGCCGGCCUGGCCAGAGAUGCUUUGCUCAGAUCAGAGAGCGGCAGUGCUAGUGCUAGACUAUCAAAUGAUAGCAGCGGUGACUCAGGACCUCACAGGAGAUCAAAGCGCUUCCUCUCCUACCCGCGCUUUGUUGAAGUCAUGCUGGUGGCCGACAGCAAAAUGGUGGAACAUCACGGCAGCAACCUACAGCACUACAUACUCACAUUAAUGUCCAUAGUAUCUUCCAUCUACAAGGACCCCAGCAUUGGCAACCUGAUUAACAUUGUGAUUGUAAAGCUAGUCAUAAUCAACAACGAGCUGGAUGGUCCAGUCAUUUCAUUUAAUGCACAGACCACUUUAAAGAACUUCUGCAUUUGGCAGCAGAGCCAGAACAUCCUGGAUGAUAACCACCAUUCCCAUCAUGACACUGCCAUCCUAAUCACCAGGCAGGACAUCUGCAGAGCAAGGGAUAAGUGUGACACCUUAGGACUUGCAGAGUUGGGGACGGUGUGUGAUCCAUACAGGAGCUGCAGUAUCAGCGAGGACAAUGGACUCAGCACUGCAUUCACCAUCGCCCAUGAACUUGGCCAUGUGUUCAACAUGCCUCAUGACGACAGUAACAAGUGUAAGGAGGAUGGAGUUAAGAUUCAGCAACAUGUGAUGGCUCCCACACUUAACUACAACACAAACCCUUGGAUGUGGUCCAAGUGUAGCAGGAAGUACAUCACAGAGUUCCUCGACACAGGAUAUGGUGAGUGCUUGCUCGACGAGCCCAUUUCUAGGCCUUACAGUCUCUCGCAGCAGCUGCCUGGACGGAUAUACAAUGUCAAUAAACAGUGUGAAUUGAUAUUUGGGCCGGGAACGCAGGUGUGCCCUUAUAUGACCCAGUGUCGGAGGCUGUGGUGCACCAGUCCAGAGGGCGCCCAGCGGGGCUGCAGGACCCAGCACAUGCCGUGGGCAGAUGGCACUGACUGCUCCCCGGGAAAGCACUGCAAACAUGGCCUGUGUAUAGCCAAAGAGCAUGACGCCACACCUGUGGAGGGGGCAUGGGGAGUUUGGAGUCCCUUUGGUACCUGUUCGCGUACAUGCGGCGGGGGCAUCAAGAUCGCCGUGCGCGAAUGCAACCGACCUGUGCCCAGGAAUGGAGGAAUGUAUUGUGUGGGUCGCCGAAUGAAGUUUCGUUCCUGUAACUCUGAGCCCUGCUCCAAGCAGAAGAAGGACUUCAGGGAGGAGCAAUGUGCGGCUUUCGAUGGCAGGCACUUCAACAUUAACGGUCUACCUCCUAAUGUUCGCUGGGUGCCCAAGUACAGCGGAAUCCUGAUGAAGGACAGGUGUAAGCUGUUCUGCAGGGUGGCUGGCAGCACGGCCUACUAUCAGCUCAGGGACAGGGUCAUUGAUGGCACGCCGUGUGGACCCGAUACCAACGACAUCUGUGUCCAGGGCCUGUGCAGGCAAGCGGGCUGUGACCAUGUAUUGAACUCUAAAGCAAGGAGAGACAAGUGUGGCGUGUGUGGAGGUGACAACUCUUCCUGCAAAACCGUGGCAGGAACCUUCAACAUCGUCCGUUAUGGAUAUAAUGAAGUAGUGCGAAUACCCAGUGGUGCUACAAAUAUAGAUGUGCGUCAACACAGCUACUCAGGGAAACCGGAGGAUGACAACUACCUCGCCAUAUCAAAUAGCCGUGGAGAGUUCCUGCUUAAUGGAGAGUUUGUGGUCAGCAUGUUCAAAAGGGAAAUCAAAGUAGGAAAUGCCGUCAUAGAGUACAGUGGCUCUGACCAUGUCAUUGAGAGAAUCAACUGUACUGACCGCAUCGAGGAGGAGAUCAUUGUCCAGGUGCUGUCUGUGGGGAACCUUUACAACCCAGAUGUCAGAUACUCUUUUAACAUCCCCAUAGAGGACAAACCGCAGCAGUUCUUCUGGGAUGCCUAUGGGCCCUGGCAGGAGUGCAGUCGCCUGUGCCAAGGAGAGCGCAAGCGGAAGAUUCUCUGUAGCAGAGAAUCAGACAGGGUGGUGGUUUCAGACCAGAGGUGUCACGGUGCAGCUAGACCUGCUGUCAUCACUGAGCCCUGCAACACUGAAUGUGAAGUUAGGUGGCAUGUGGCUCGUAAGAGUGAGUGCACAGCCCAGUGUGGCCUGGGAUAUCGUACCCUGGAAAUAUACUGUGCCAAAAUCAGCCGUACAGAUGGCAAGACCCAGAAGGUUGAUGACCGCUACUGUAGCGGUCAGCGCAAACCUGAUGAUAAGGAAGGUUGCCAUGGAGACUGUAACCCGGGUGGCUGGGAGUACUCGCCUUGGUCAGAGUGCUCCAAUAGCUGUGGUGGGGGCACCCGCCGUCGAGGGGCAGUGUGUCGAAAGGCAGCUGAGGCUGGCGGUGAUGAGAGCAAAUGCAGUCAAAGGGACAAGCUGACCGUCCAACCCUGCAACGAUUUCCUCUGUCCACAAUGGAAGACUGGUGACUGGUCUGAGUGCCUUGUGACGUGCGGGAAAGGCUAUAAGCACCGUCAGACGUGGUGUCAGUUUGGUGAGGAUCGUUUAGACAACCGCUUUUGUGGUUCAUCUAAACCUGAGUCGGUGCAGACGUGCCAGCAGCAGGAGUGUGCCUCUUGGCAGGUUGGACCUUGGGGACAAUGCACUACCUCGUGUGGGCCAGGCUACCAGAUGCGAGCGGUGAAGUGUGUGGUUGGCUCUUAUGGGGCUGUCAUGGAUGACACUGAAUGUAAUGCUGCCACCCGACCGACUGACACCCAGGACUGUGAACUGGCCCAGUGUCCCAGCAGCCACCCUGUUCCCCCAGGGACCAAAGUCCCCUCCCACCAGGGCCACAAAACCCAGUGGCGGUUUGGUUCCUGGACCCAGUGUAGUGCCAGCUGUGGCAAAGGGACGCGGAUGCGCUACGUGAGUUGCCGUGACAACCAGGGUGGAGUGGCAGAGGAGUCAGCGUGUGCCCACCUACCAAAACCCCCUGCCAGAGAAGUGUGCUCAGUAGUGGCCUGUGGACAGUGGAAAGUGCUGGAAUGGACAGUGUGCUCAGUAACCUGUGGCCAGGGGAAGACGACACGACAGGUACUGUGCGUCAACUUCAGUGACCAAGAAGUGAAUGCUAGUGAGUGUGACCCAGAUGAUCGUCCUACCACAGAGCAGGACUGUGCUAUGUCUCAGUGCCCAUCCCGCUCUAGUGAGUCCCGACCUUUCCCGUCCUCACCAAACACCAGCACCAGGAACAACCUGCCCCGUAGCCAAUCCCACCAAUGGCGGACUGGACCCUGGGGCGCGUGCUCCAGCACAUGUGCAGGAGGUUUCCAGCGGCGUGUAGUAGUGUGCCAGGAUGAGAACGGGUACCCUGCCAACAACUGUGAGGAUCGCAGCCGGCCCAAUGAGCAACGAUCCUGUGAGUCAGGGCCAUGUCCACAGUGGAUCUACGGCAACUGGGGAGAGUGCACCAAGCCAUGUGGAGGUGGGAUAAAGACGAGGCUGGUGGUGUGUCAGCGUCCAAAUGGCGAGCGUUUCAAUGAUCUGAGCUGUGAGAUCCAUGACAAGCCACCAGAUCGUGAGCAGUGCAAUACUCAGCCGUGCCCGUCUAGCCCCCACUGGAGCACAGACCCAUGGAGCUCGUGCUCUGCCUCCUGUGGAAGAGGGUUCAAGUCCCGUAAAGUGAGCUGUGUGACCGGGUCAGGCCGCCCCGUCCCUGAGGAAAACUGCCACCCUCUGUCCCCCAAACCCAGCAAGCAGAGGCGCUGCCGAGGUGGACGAUGUCCCAAGUGGAAGACUGGCAGCUGGGGAGAGUGUUCAGCAUCGUGUGGCGACGGCAUCCAGAGACGGGAGGUGUCCUGCCAGGUUGAAGACCGACGGAGCCCGCCGGAGAGCGGCUGUUCCCAGCGCUCCAGACCGGCGUCCAGCCAGAGCUGCCGGGUCGCUGAGUGCCCCUCUCGGUACCGGUGGAGAGAGGGAGACUGGCAGACGUGCAGUAAGUCGUGUGGAGCGGGCCACCGACGACGAGCCUUGCAGUGUGUGGACCACAACCAGCAGGAGGUCCAUGAGAUGUACUGUGUCAACCAGAUCAGACCUCCAGACAUAGAGAGCUGUAACACCCAGGCCUGUGAGUUAAUCUGGAUCACAGGGGAAUGGACUGAGUGCUCAGCCAGCUGUGGACAGGGCUACCGCCAACGUCUGAUCUCCUGCAGCGAGGUGCAUGUGGAGAAUGAUAACUAUGAGUACGGCCAUCAGUCUCUGUCCAACUGCCCCGGGACCCCCCCUGAGAGCUACAUGCCUUGUAAUUUGGACCCGUGCCCACCGCCACAGAAGUGGAGGGUUGGAAUCUGGGGACUGUGUUCGGCGAGCUGUGGUGAUGGAGUGAUGGAGAGGAUGGUGCAGUGCGUGUCAGCAGAUGGCCAGGAAAGCAAUAGGUGCUCUCUAGACACCAUGCCAGAGGCCAGAAAGGUCUGCAGAAAUCCAGCCUGCCAUUUGCCUUCUAGCUGUCAAGAUGUCCAGAGCAUGAACGGCCCCCUCCUAGACAGCGAACACUUUCUCAAUAUUCAAGGAAAAGCACUCAAGGUCUACUGUGCAGGAAUGCAGACAGAGACUCCACAGGAGUACAUCACCUUGACAACAGGAGAAGGGGAAAAUUUUUCAGAGAUCUUUGGCUUCAGACUCAAUGACCCCACCCAGUGUCCAGCUAAUGGCUCCAGAAUAGAGGACUGUGACUGUCGGAGAGACUACACCACCGCUGGCAUCACCACCUUCUCCAAAGUCCGCCUGGACCUCAGCAAGAUGAACAUCAUCACUACAGAUUGGCAGUUUGCUUUCACCCGUGAAGGCAAGAGUGUUCCAUUUGCUACAGCUGGAGACUGCUACAGCGCCGCACGCUGUCCACAGGGGCGGUUCAGGAUCAACCUCUCAGGAACAGGUUUUAAGGUGACUGAGGACACCUCGUGGACCUCCCAGGGCAACUAUGCAGUGGCUGAUAUACAAAAAUCACAGGAUGGCAGCAGAGUGUCAGGAAUGUGCGGAGGCUACUGUGGUAAAUGUACACCAUCCUCUGGCUCCAGCCUGCCUGUAACUGUGGAAUAAAUCGAAUACCAUCAAACAGCAUCUAUUUCCAUUCAUCUCUGCAGUCCUCGUCUGGUGCUUGUGCGUUGUGUCAAGCCAUUCCUCCUCUUUGGUGCUACAGCCAAUUCAGAGCUCAAACUCAUCCUCCACAUGACCUCCUUUACUCCCAUGUGUGUAUAGUGUAAAUUUAUCUGGUGUAAUUACUGUACAUAGCAGGAUAAAAAUGUCUUAUUUAUUGUACUCUCCAUUGAUUUUUGUAUUGUAAUAUAAUUUAACUGUUUUGUUGUUUGUGCAAACACCACACAGUUGCCAUUUAUCAGAUUUCUUGCCAGAAUGUGCCUUCCAAUUUGGCUAUUUGGACUUUUUAGUACUGUCAUUACUCCAAACUGCAUGUGUUACAGCCAUAUGUUCCUUUUGAGACCAACUCAUUAAGCUGUGUUUAUUCCAAUAACAUUAUUGUCGUGAUGGUCACCGGUACUGUUGUUUAUAUGCAGUGAGGUGUCUCCAAUCAGUGGGUCUUUUUUUUUUAAACCUUUAUCACUUCAGGCAAGAUUUGCAGACACAUGCACAGAUAGUCCUGUUUUAUACUUUGUGCCAUUCAGCAGCUCCUUUAGAAGACUUUCUUGGUUUAGUGAAUCUCUCUUUCUUAUUUUUAAUGUAUUUCCCAGUCAGAUGUUAAGUCCAGCGAUCCUUCUAGUUCUUAUUGUGGGCAACUGUUGUCCUGCAACUUCCACUUACUGGGCUGCUGUACUCUUUGGUAGUCUACAAAAUUCAGUGCCUCCCUCACCAGCACUCUUCUCAGUUUACUUUUGAGGUGUUGUAUUUGUAGCCAAUCAAAUGCAAAACCGGGUGUUGUAAACCACCUGGAUUGUGGUCAGGCUGCCCCACCUGCAUCUCUCCAGCAGCUGUAAGUCUUCAUCCAGCUGGACAGGAGAGAGGAAAGUGCAAUAAACAAUUACACAGUGCAGGAAAAAGCCAGGUGUUGCUGCCAUGACAACCACACCUGCAUUUGGAAAAUACAUCCAUACUGAUACUGUAAUUUGAAGUAGUUUUACUGAAUGUGAAAAAGGCUCUCAUUUAAGUUAGUACAAAAUAUAAGGUGAAGCACUUUUCUGCUAAUGAAUAGCAUAGUAUGUACUCUCUAUUUUCAGUUAAAUGGAAUAUAUGAACAUUUUUAUGAUCCAUACAUCAUAAUCAAUAUGUUUAGAUUUUGAAGAAGAUCCAUUCAUUCAUGCUUUUGGUUGAAAGUAAAAGAUCACAGCUACAGCCUCUUUACAGUAGGAGGACGGCAGGUAUGGUAGAGCAACUGUGAGGCAGUUGAAGGGUAUGAUGAUCAUGUAUUUACAGGCCAGACCUAAGGAGGGAGUGAGAUGUUUUCCCAUAAACAAACACACUGUAGUAUAACACACAAGCACACACACAAACACACUGGAGCACUGUAGAGAUUAUGCUGCCAGACAUCAGACAGAACCUAAUUCCUCUGUGUUCUUGCAUGUCUCGCAGGUAGCGUGCAGUGACCACAGAGAGCCAUUAGCCUUUAGCUUUUACAGAGCAGACAGGUUAUCUUAUCUGGAGCAACUUGAAAGAAUUCAGGAAAGAAAGACUUCACCUCAGGCCAAUAAAAUUCCAGUAGAUACUCCAGAGAUAUAAUGCACUGGUCGGGCCCUGGAGACACCUCUCAAACUGCUGAGCUCACGGGCCCCGCAGCUUGGUUUCUGUCCAGAUGCUGCCUGUAAACCGUUGCCUUCUGUACCUCACAUUCAUCUCUCCAUCUUUGUUUUGAAGAGUCUGUCCAAACUGUAACAUACUAAUAUGCUCCUGUUUUGAGCAUUCUGACUUGUUGUUUUUGUGACAAUAUCAGGGUACUUUUUGUAUGUAUGUUUUUGUAUCUCUUUAGCCAGUUUUAUGCAGUUUUGUGUGCAGUUUUGUGAUUUUUUUGUUGCAGAAACAUUGAAAAACACAGGAAGAAUUCAGACAGUCUUGAAGAAAAUACAAAAAGAAAUGCUUUUUCACAUUCUUUAAGCCUUAACUGUGUGUAGGGUACAAGCUGUACGUACAACUGAUUAAGAAGCCAUAUUUGCUUUUAUAAGCCUUUCUGUAUAAUGUGCUAUUUCAGUGCCUUAUGUGAUAAUGUGCGCUCUUCAGCCAAAGGGAAUUUCUUAAUUUGCCGCUAUACAAGUAUGUAAUGAUUUCUAAUGACAUGGGGAAGUAAACAUUUUGUGUCUUGUGACUUCUCAUUGUGAAUGUCAAAAAUUUAGUUCAGUCAAUAGAGUUCUCAGGUGUCAUAAAUGAAGGGAUUUUUAUGAUAUUUAAGUGUAUUUAUCUUACUUUACACAUUUGCUGCAUGUUUAUCAGGUAACUGAAAAUGUAUUAUUGAAGUUUAACAACGUAAAGUGUCAUUAUAUAUGCUAUAUUUUAUAUGCAAAUAUUUAUUUUACCUUAUCUUUAUGUGAAUGUACAUAGGUUUUGGCCAUAAAUGACUAUGGAUUACCAUUCAGUAUUGCCAUAAAAUGAACCGUCUGCCAACACAUUCUUGUUUUGUGAAUACAUAUUUUUAUAUAUGUCAUAUCUGCAGCAAUGGUAUAAGCAGAGUUUGGAGCUGCCAUAUGAAAAGCAUGAUUUAUAUGAGAUCAGAUAAGGCAAUGAUCAGAAGGAAAUAAAAUGCCUGACACAUGC